AUGAAUGGUCAGAAUGGUUGGUAUGCUGGCCAACAGCCAUCCUACCCAGCGUACAAUGCUCCAGCUCGGCAACAGCAGCAGCAGCAGCAACAGCAACACCCUCCACAGCAGCAGUUUCUCCAACUUCAUCAGCAGCAUCAGCAGUCGAGCCAAAGUCAGCUCUAUCCCCAGCAAACGUCUCCUGGCUACCGCAAUGGACAUGCUGCAGCUAUGGCUCCAUCGCCGUACGCCGGCAUGAACGGAAUGGACCAUUCGCCGCGCUACCAGUCUGGCGCUGGUCCUAGCCAAGCAGCUUCGCUACCAGGUUCUGGGACCUAUCCGCCAUCGAGCCAUGGAGGCCGCCACCCAUCUCAAGUCCCGCAGCACUCUCCAACUGCCAGCUUCAAUCCAAACACCAUGAGUCGAGAAAGUGCAGGUUUCCAUUUUGGCAACAUUCAGCUGCACAAUGUCGGGCCUCAUCCGCAUGGCAAUCCUCAGCAUCUGAGGCCGCAGCCGCAGCAGCAUCACCACCAGCAGCACCAGCAGCGUCAGCCUCAACAGCACUACAAUGGAGGCUACAUGGCGGCGUCUGCUGCAUCACCUUUGCAGCGUCAAUCGAUGGACCCUGGUAACGUCACCUCGCCCGUCGAGCAACGCUUCCAGUCCUCCGCGGGACCGUCACAGUACCAACAGCACCACGCGCUCGCGCUCGCACCGCCGUCGAACACUGUCUCGAACCAUACGACUCCACGACACGAUCUGCAGCCGCAGCAUGCUUCUUCGUACGAAUCGCCGUAUGCGCCGUCCACGGGCACGCGAGAACGACUGGCCAUGUCGCAGUCGCCUAUGUCGGACAUGUUCCACAGCGGAGGACAGCCAGUGGGCAAGACGUUCAAUCUGAUGGCUGGGCUCGAAACACCCACGCCCAAUGCACAAUUUCGGCGUGUUUCUGGUCAGGAUCACUUCAACGACGACCUUUCUGGGAGUCCUGUGCCAAGCAUGCAGGCUGCAGAUCUGGCGCUGUCAAACCAGUGGAACAAAGCUUUGAGCAGCAGCGGACAGCAAGUCUCAUCAUGGCCAGCUGCUCAGCGUGAUACUCAGAAUGCUGCUCCGAUCUCUAGCCUCGCCUCAUGGAAUCAGAGCAAACCUUAUUCCAACGUGCAGCCUAAUCAAGCUUCGAGUCACGCUGCAGCGCAUCCGCCCCGCUCUUCGAUAGAAAGCUCGUCACAGCUUCCAUCUAACACUCGACGUGCAGACUUCCUCGACACGCCUGCGGCUCCCAUCUAUGCUAGCAACAGGUCAGCAGCACAGUCAGGUCCACGUCCUGCAUCACUUCCCACGGGUAGCAGCAGUCUUGACAUGGCUUGGGGAGCCUCACCAGCACAUGCUUCUGGAUCGUCACGCGUGCCCAAUUCAGGACAGUCCAUGGGAUCAUCACAUCACAUGCCGCAAUUGACAGAGCCGGGCUCUCCGAGCCUGUCAGUAGCAAGAAAGCACUCCAGCACGUCACGGCAGUAUCCUCAGCCCAGUUCACAGUCACUUUCGUCCUCUUCGGCUCCUUCCACGCUCGACAGUGCCAUGUCGUCGAGUCCGCAUAUCGCCCAGCUGAAUCACACUGCGACUUUCCCACCGCCACCACCAUCACCAUCGGCACAUCCGACAGCAAAGGCAAAGCCGAUUGCAGUCAAGCUGAAGCCCAACUCGAUCCUCACCUCUGAUCUCGGCUCAGCUGCGGCGGUAGGCCCUCCUCGGCACAGCCUCUCUGCUCCAGGUCCCGUGAUCGGCACUGCGCCGCUGCCUCAGUAUGCUUCGCCCAGUCAGAUCUUUGCCAGGCCUCCUCCUGCUGCCACAGGCUCAGCCGCCAUGUCGGCCCCUUCUCCCGCCUUCUCUGUGGGCACAUUCGCAAUGCAAACCUCUGCUGAGGAGCCGCAGACUCCACCUCUGCGGGCCUCACAGACACUGUCGGUCCAAGAAAGCCCAGACCCGCUCAACUUUCUUUCGCCCAACGGCCACUUUUCCCUCUGGCAGCACCCUAGCACCUCCUCAUCAUCCUUGCCGCCUCAGCCAUCCUUCAUCAACGGCACCUCACACCAAGGCCUUGCUUCCCAGUACCACAACCAAGACAGCAUGGUGACCACACGAGCCUCGGACUAUGCCACCGCUCCGGUCAAACGCAAGGAUUCGCCUGCCGCCGACAAGCCCAAGAAAAAGCGUGUCAAGAAGCUCAAGGACGAGCGAGCGGCUCCAGCUCCGACCUUCAAUCUCCAGGUGCCAGAAUCGCCGGUCGGCUCGUCGCAGGGCGGUCUCGUAGCUGCGCAGCCUAAGCCUCUGAAAUUGAAAAAGAACAACAAGAAGAAGGCCCUUGUCGUUGUCAAGUACGACGAUGACGAUGAUGAUGACGACAUGCACAUGCUGCCAGAGGUCACGGUCGACAUUCCAAUGCAUGACGUCGACGACUACGGAUCACAUCCUGGCUUCCGCUCGCAAGCCUCCAUGCCUUUCGACGAACGUUCGAGUCAGAACGAGUCAGUCAAAAGGAAGAAGAAGAAGAAGAACAAGCAGGACCGCAAGUCUUUGUCCGAUCUCAUGAACCAGAUCGUCGAAGAUAGCGACUCGGGCAUAGAUGCAGAAGGGAGCGAAUGGGAAGGCCUCGACAUGAUCGACACGCUCGAGGCUGGUCCUGUUCCCGAGGGUCCCAAGAGCCUGGCGAAGAUGAGCAAUGGCCCCGUCAAGAGCUCACAACGCAAGGUGCCUAUCGCCAAGCUGUGCGGUCUCAUCGAAGAUCUCUUCGAGGCCGACGACGCCCUGCCCGACCGCGAUUCGCUUCACGAGAUACUUCCCGGUCAGAGCCUCUCGUCCGCCGCUGACCCGUUCUUCGAGAUCAUCGAGUCGCCGGCCGUCUCUGGGGGCGGUGCUCGAUCGGUUCUGGUCUUGCGCACAGCCGCGCUUCAGAAGCUCAUCAAGCUCAUCGUCUUGUGCUCGCGCCCACACAACGAAAUUGCGACCAUGUCAGGCAAACCUCAACCAGCGACCCAUCCGAGCCUGGGCACGAUCCCUGCGCCGGAUGUCAUCCGACUUCUGUCCAUUCUAGAGCGUGUAGUACGUGUCGGCGAGAACCUCGACCCCUUUCCGUCUCAGACCAACCGAGCCCUGGCUUCGGAACCAGCUUCACCGACGAAGCAGAAGAAAAAGGGUCGAAAGGAUCGCGGCAAGUCGUCCUCCAAGACACCAGAGCCUUCCCGCUCGCCUGACCAUUUCCUCGAUGCCGACGCAGACGAGCGAGGUGCCAACACUCCAAAAGAGGGAGACCAGGCAGAGGACGGCCCUGCUCAAGUUGCUCAAAAGAUGGGCUCCGUCGACGAAGAGCUCGAACAGCUCAACGCCACUUUUGCCGUCAUGGACCGUGCUCUGCUAGCGGCCGAGUGCAGCCUCGCUAUGCUCACCGGAGAUGUGCUUCCCAAACAGAUCCUCUCUGAAGACCACAUCCGCUCCUCCUUCGACGCCGUCAAGGUAUCGCUCGACAAGGUCAUUCUGCCCUUCAUCGAAGCGUGCUCAGGCAGCGCCGCCACUGCGCCUCAUGCGAAUCUCGUCCUGCUGAUGGACGUUCUGGCGCCGCAGAAGGCCCGCAAGAAGAAGGCCGCCACCGCCCAUGGAGACGAGUCAACCUCCUCUAGCACCGGCAUCCUCUGUCGCAACACGCUCUCGGACCUCUUUGCGCACCUCCGCUCAGCGCUCUUCUUGGUGCAGCGCAUGGUACGCAUGCCAUCGCUUUCCCUGUCCGACUCCAUCGUCAUCAGCGCCGUCUAUUUAGCGCUUGGCCCCUUCUUCGUGCUCGAGCCUGAAGCGACCGGCGGAGGAGGCGCGUCCAGCGAAACAGCCAAAGCCUCGGCGCGUGGCCGUUCUGCGCUGCAGUCUCUCGGUGGCACCAACUCGAUGAAGACGCUCCGAUUGCCAGCGCUCAAUCUGCUUCGCAGCAUCUUUGCAAAGGCGCCAGACCAACGACAGUGGAUGAUCGAAGAGAUCCUCACGUCUCUGACCAAGCUGACAGACAUGAAGAAGAACCGCCGGCAGUAUAGCCUGCGCAACGGCAAGGGCAUCCACUCGAUCAACGCACUCCUGCUGCAACUCAUUCAGGCCGCCUCGCAUGGCGUGGCCAGCUACGCUCGAUCCGCAGCAGAUCGUCUUUCGCGGGGAAACGACGACCAGGACGAAGCAGAAGACCGAGACGAUGCUGAUCCAGAGCGAACCAAGACGCUCGAAGUCGUCAUCGAAGCGUACAAUGCCACCAGCGAGCCCGACAGCAACCAUGCUCGCGAGACCGAGAUUGCCAUCUGGAAGCGAGGUCUCGAGGGCGCCCAUGCAUCGGCUCGAUCCAUCGCAGGCUACCUCAUGCAGCGAAUCGGUCAGAACAAAGUGGCUAAAUCGUCGCAGGAGAUGAGCCACGCCUAUGUGAUCGAGUCGCUCAUCCAAGACCUCCUCAGCGCUCUUUAUCUGCCGGAAUGGCCCGCAGCGGCUCUGAUGCUCAGCGCAUUCUGCCGCGUCUUUGGCACCUACCUCGAGGAUCCCAAGAGUCACCCUGACGCCAAGGGGGUGGCGCUCGAGCAGCUCAGUCUCGUCGCUGCGAGACUGCGUCAAAGUCAGCUUCAACUGCAGCCCGCCGACGUCGACACACCGGCCAGUCCGACGAACGAGCCAUCUCAAUCGACGAGCACGUCGGAACCGGGCAGCCCGAGCAAGCGCCGAAAGUGGACAUCGUGGGAUUUCCUCUCGAUGCUGCGAGCGUUGCGCGAAGGCGAUCGAACCGCCAUCCGAGAGUAUGUGCGAGCGUACAAAUUCAUCCACCAGUUCCUCGCCAAGAGCAGCAGCGAGGAUCUGUCGACCGAGGGUGCCCUCGAGUUCUUGAUGGUUCAGGCUGAGGGAGACUUGGCGAACGCUUGGGCCAAGGCGGAGGAAGACAUGAUUGCGCUUCACAACUCGGAAGACGACAGCGCAGUGCCGAUUGCCAAGCUCCAGCACUUCCGCGAAGAGCUUGAUGCAGCGAUGGUGACGCUAUCAGGGCUCGACUCGGCCGUCAGUGAUGCAGCGCUCGACGUCUUCACUGCCGACGACAAGAUGCUCGACAAAGCGAUGGACUUUUCGGAGCGUGCGCUGAUUGCGAGCAGCUCAAUGAUCUCCUAUUCGACGCUGCGAGACCUGCUCGUCGAAGGCCUCAACAAUCCGCUCAUCGCGAAUCGCAGCAAAGCCCUACGCGGUAUCGACCGGAUCGCACAAAUUGACCCCGAUCUACUUGAUGAGGAAUCCAUGCGCAGCGCCAUCGAGGUGCGUCUUCGAGACUCGAGUAAUGCAGUCAGAGACAGUGCAGUCGCUCUCUUUGGCAGCUACCUUCUCCGAAAGCCGCAGCAUAUCCCCACGUACUACAAGCAAGUGGCUGCGAGGGUGCUCGACACCGGUCUCUCGGUGCGCAAACGCAUGGUCCGCCUCUUGAAAAGCUUGUUCGAGGCCACGGACGAUCCGAAGAUCCGCAUCGACGCUUGCGCUCGCAUUGUGCGCUGCAUCAACGACGAAGAUACGGUCGUUCAGGACAUGGCCGCUCUCACCAUCGGCGAGAUGUGGCUCGACAUGGACAUCGACACACGUCGUCUGGGUGCUCGACGCAAAGCAAGCCCAUUGCGAUCCGAUGUCGCUGCGGUCCAGCCUGCGGGUCUUUCCCCAUCGAGGGACGGAAGCGUCGAAGGUGCCCUCAAAGCAGAAGAGAAAGUCGUUGCUCUCGACAUGGAUCCAGAUUCGUCCGAAGAGACCGAGGCGGACAGAAAGGUGGCCGACACCAUCGAGACCAUCAUGGCGGUCGCAGAUGUGAUCAAGGAGCGUCCUUCCCCCCUGGAAGAGGUGUUCCGACGGCUCUUUAAGGACAAGUCGGAGGGCGAGGCAGCGGAGCUGCACGCCAAGCUGCAGAAGCUCGGCGAUUCCAUGAUCGACAGUCUCGUCGAGUCGAGCGGCGCAUCGAGCAUCGAUACCGUCAAGCGCAUCCGCAUCGUGCAGCUGCUGGUGUCCACCAAUCCCGCCAUCCUCACCAUCUCCAAGGCCAAGUUGCUCCUGCCCUACCUCAAAGCAGCACAAACGGGCGAGGAAGUGCAGAUCAUGGACCUGCUCCUGAGGAUCUUCCGCUCUUGCUUGCCUCACAUGCCAAAGACGGCGUUGGCGUUUGCCGACUCACUCGAGAAGAGUCUCCGCCCUCUCGUCAACCGACCACCGCCCAAGGCAGGUCUACACCUGCUGCAGGAGCUCAUCGCGUGCUACUGCGCCGUCAUCACCACGCACACGCACAAUUUCCGCCUUUUGAUCCAGACUCUGAAAGCAUGCUUCACGCGUGUACAACAAAUGCGGCAACUAGCGCUCAGAGGUCAGAAAAUCGAGGACAACAAGGCAUGGAGUACGCUCAUGUCCUUGACCGCCUCCCUCUGCGAGCACGCUGAUUUCGACGAGAUCAGGAGAAAGUAUCCCGAGACGGCGCCCGAGAUCGACGCGCUGAGCAAGCGGCCGCUCAUCGACGUGGUGUCAGAGGCUCUCCUCGAUAUCCACAAGUCCGGUAGCGAGGCAGUGCGCUCGGUAGCCCUUCAGAAUCUGGGCUUCAUCUUCCGUGCCCAUCCCACUCUGAUGACGCGUCAAUCUCUUUCGAACAUGAUGGACGACAUCUUCGCCUCAGGCUCGCUGCAGGAUCGCGCGACUCUGCUCAAGAUCAUCCUUGACUUUCUCAGCGCUGAUUCUGCACGCCGCAAUCCGGACAAUGCGGUCGUUACCGCUGGCACUGGACGUCGCAAGCCGGAGAAUCCUGAUGCCGGCAGCGUCGACAUGACGAUUCUCGUGGGCAAUACGGAGACCUUUGCCGACACAGGUGUAGGCUCGGCCAUGAUGCAGCGCUACUCCGAAGAUGUGCUCAAGGCGACACUGGAGGUCUCGAAUCCACCGCUGCAGCGUACUGCGAUCGACAUCCUGCGCUAUACCGUGAUGCAGGGUCUCUCUCAUCCGAUCCAGUGUGUGCCUUACCUCGUGUCGCUCGAGACGCUCGAGGAUCGCAAGCUGCGAAGUCGAGCCAUGGAACUGCACAGCCAUCUGGCCUCCAAGCACGCCUCAUUGGUGCACGCACGCUUUCUCGAUACCGCGCGAUCUGCAUUCCGCUUCCAGCUGCAGCUGUCCGGGGCUCAAGCGCUGCGCGGCUUCCGUGUUGAAAAUAUGCCGACGGCGGUGCUCGGCGCAUGGUACAGCUUGCUGCGAGAUCGUCGAGCCACGCGACUCGAUUUCCUCAAGCAGAUUGUCAAGGCGCUCGAUGUCAACACGGCCGCCUCGGACUGCAGUCUGGACGAAGUUUUGUUCGCACGAUUCAUGGCUGACAACCUCGCCACGCUCGAUUACAAGACGAUGGAAGAGCUGUUCAUCGUCAUCGGCGAGCUGCGUUCGAUCUUGGCGGUCUCGGGCAUGCAAGUGCUCUACAUGAUGCAACCGCACUUGCCCAAGCAGGAUGCGUUGACCGUUUCGGCCAUGACGGACUCGCUGGACGGCAUGAGGACACCGCCACCGCCAGGGGUUGGCUUUGCCGGCAAUGACUUGAUAAGUCCAUUCGGAAUGUCCCGCAACCCUUGGCUCUCAGGCGAGUGGCAGCUGCAGCUCGCGAGCGAUGCCCCGCCGCCAUUUGCUGACACAGUCGAUCCGACCCAGAUAUUUGGCUUGCCUCAGCCGAUGGCGGCGAGCGGCAACGAAUCGGCACAGAACAGCAAUGAUCCAAGCACGGCAGCAGGCGCAAGCAGAGGUCAGGAAGAGGGAGCCGCCGGCUCCAAAGCCCAGGUGGAUCCCGUCACCGUCGCCAAGAUGUCUGUCAUCGCUGGCACGACGCUGCUGCUGCGAAACCACCUCAAGCAGCUGUACGGACUCAGCGAAGCGCGCUGCGCCAAGUUCAACCCGAGCAAGAAGCAGAGUGCGGGAGCGGACAAGCCGGCGACGAUGCGAGCCUUGUCGGACCCAAUGCAGGCCGCGCUCGAUUUGAGCGUCAUGCCGUUCGGCCAGGACGAGGUCAAGAGCGAAGAGGACGCUCAGAAGCAGAUUGUGGCAUAUGCGGCCAUGGUGGAGAACGAGGGCACGAUGAUGGAGCCCGAGGACCCUGAUGCGUACGAUGACCUUGCCCUUUGA